AUGGACGGAAACUGUGCAAUCAUCAGCCCCUCUGAGUGCACCGCUCACACUGCAGAGCUCCUGCAUCGCCUUAUCCCCUUCUACUUGGACAAUGAAUGCUUCCAUGUGAUUCUUGCAGGCACACGUGACUUUCCUGAAGUUGUGGAACUGAAAUUUGACCAUGUCUUCUUUACAGGAAACAGGUCGGAAGGAACCAGAAUUGCUCAGGCUGCAGCUCGCACACUCACGCCUGUCACCCUCAUCUUGGGUGGAAAGAACCCGUGUUAUGUAGACCAAGACUGUGACAUUGCCACCACGGCACAGCGCAUCGCCUGGGCACGUUUUCACAAUGCAGGGCAGAGCUUGGUGGCUCCUUUCUACAUCUUGUGCCACACGACAGUCACAGCACGACUGGUGCAGGCCCUGAAGUGUUGCCUCACGCAGUUCUACGGGUCUGAUCCCAGAGAGUCAAGCAGUUACGGCCGCAUGGUCAAUCUGGAUAUAUUCAACCGUACGAAGAACAUGCUGUGGAGAUCUGGCAAGGUGGCGGUCGGUGGGCAAGUGAUCGAAGCAGAAAAAUAUAUUGCCCCGACAAUUUUGACAGAAGUAACGGAAUCAGAUCCCAUCAUGCAACAGGACAUUUUUGGCCCAGUUCUUCCUGUUCUGACUGUGAACAAUGUCGAUGAAGCAAUUGCCUUCAUAAAUAAGCAAGAGAAACCCCUCUGCGUGUAUGCAUAUUCGAGCAACAGCAAGGUCAUCAGAAGACUAAUGAGUGAGACUUCUAGUGGUAGCUUUUGCUCAAACGACAGCAUCCUUCAGAGUCUGAUGGUGGCUCUGCCUUUCGGUGGAGUUGGUGCCAGUGGAAUGGGCUCUUACCAUGGCCGCUACAGCUUUGAUACCUUCUCUCACAGGAAAUCAUGCCUGCUAAGAAGCACACGGUUUGAGUGUGUAACCUAUCUGCGUUAUCCGCCCUAUGAGGAUCGCAAUCUGUCUCUCAUGACAUGGGCCAGCACCCUGUCCCAGAAGAGCCAGGGAUGGUGCCACAUCCUGUGACUGUGUGGGAAGGGGAUAAUAACAGAGCCAUGUUGGAAGAAGGCCACUCACUCCCCAAGUGCUGAACUGUUCUGACAUGCAAAUGUAUUGUUAAAGUAUUAAACAUGGCUGAGAAUGUGCUAGGGUAAAGCUACAUCUUACAGAAAAAAGAGCAAUCUACAUAGUAGUUGUUCAAUAUCUGGCUAAACAUAGUUUUAAAACCAACACAAGAUACUGGCCAGUA